AUGAAUACUGAUUUCCCUCUCGGUACCAAGUGUUGGGUUCAUCUCGUUUUCAACCUCAAGCAAGAUAAGGGCAAGUCGGACUGGGAUGUUGUCGAAACUGCUCGUGAACUCGUACUCCACGGGAGGACUCACGAGACUGCAACUGCAAACCUCGACGGUAUACAAGAUCUUGAUCUGAUUUGGGAGCCGAUUCUGUCGAUUCAGGUACCCGUUCCCUCAGCAGAUUUUGUAGAUCUGCUUCAAGCGUGUGACAGGAUUCUAGAAAACUGGAGUGAUGAUUUGAAGAGCGGCAUUUGGCUUCCAUUUGAUACAAAAUUGCUCUUCAAGGCGCCUGGAAUGUACAAUCAGGUUGCGCUGGGUGUUUAUUGGGAUGAAGUUUGUGGAACCUAUGGGCAUCAUGAAGUUGAGAUUCGUCGUGCUAGGGGAAGAUGA